AUGGGAAAAGUUACAUUUAUUUGGUUUUUUUUGGCCCUGUUGCUGCUAAAGUUGAUCACAGGAAUCCGCAUUCAUUGUAGGGAUGUUAAAAGUAUUCAUGAGGAUCAUAUACAUUAUUGUUGCAAACAUCCUGAUGGACAUAAUGAUGUCACUGAAUCAUGUGCCAAAAAGACCAAAUUUAAGUUGCCCUCACGUGAUGAGGAGGCCCUGGAGGAUGUAACGGUGGAUCAGGCCAUGUCUGGCACCUGUUGGGCCAAAUGUGUCUUCGAUCAUUACAAGUUCAUGGACAAGGACAAACUCAAUAUGCAGGCUGUAAGGAAUCAUUAUCAAACCAACUACAAAUCGGAUCCAGAAUAUGUCACUGAAAUACUUUCAGCAUUUGAUCACUGUCAUUCAAAAUCUGAAGAAGCCACAGCCGAGUUUCUAUCCACAUCUCUAGUGAGAGCAUUUAGUAGUUCUGCUUUCUUCUGCAAACCGAUGCCAAGUGUUGUUCUGGCCUGUGUUAUUCACAAGUUCUUUCACAACUGUCCAAGAAGUCGUUGGUCCAAUACCACGGAGUGUGUGGAAACCCUGGCGUUCUCCAAAAAGUGCAAGGAUGUGCUAACCACCAUGUGAAAAAACACUUAACUAUUUUAUUAUAUGAAGAAAUCAGCAAUCCAUAUUACAAGCCUAUAAAUUGAGAAGCUAAGGGGCAAUUCUUAAUAUAUUAUCGAACCUUAUCAAUAGCAUGACUCAGAACUUGAGAACCAAAUGAUUUACCAGCUGAAAUUUCUCUCUUUUAUUUAUUUCUUAAACAUAUUUUUUUA